AUGAAAGGGGUCAAGUAUGGGCUUCAAGUAGCGCAUUACCGGUACGGGACGACAUCUGGCUUACAAUGGAAGCUCACAUCUCGAAGCUUUACGCAAAAAAGGUUUACAAGUAAGGCGACAACCAAUUGGAAUAAUAGGAAAAAUGGGGAAAAGAAUGGAAGCAGCUCAUCAGAAAACGGCGGCGGAUAUGUUAGAAAGGCAUUGCUUACCGUGCUGAUUCCAUACACUGGAUAUGCUUUGUAUGUUGUAGGGCAAGCAAAUGCGGAAAUCACCAAACGGGAGCAGGAGGUUCAGAAACAUGAUGAUGACAAGCAUUUCGAUGCCACGCUCAUUAAGUAUUCGCCAUUGGAAGUUCUGGGUCGGUUUGCGAACCCUUUCAAGGAGUAUAGAGUCCUUACAGCUUUUGAAUUUUCGAUCAAUCGAGUGCUGGAGCUUUUUCAGCGAAAUCGCGGCGGUAUUCCAACUAGCCCGCAUUCCAUGGACGAGCUGAUGCCGAUCCAUACGCCGACUUGGACGGCGUGCAAUGACUUAGAUCAGAAAACUUCUUAUCCUAUUAGCAUAAAAGUCACUGGAACGGAUGACCCAAUUGCUUGCAAGUCCCUCGACAAUGAAGGAAAAAACAUCCCAGUGCAUACAACUUGGUUGGGACAAUCUUGCAACUUCGUAAUGUACAAUGGCUUCAAGAUAUUGACAGAUCCGUUAUUUACCGACUACCUGAUUCAUGAGACACUUGGGCCUAAGAGAAUCACCAAAAUGCCUUCGCAGAUAGAGCAAGUACCUACUCCCGACGUGAUAUUGGUUUCCCACAACCAUCCCGAUCACCUGGAUUUCAAAAGCAUGCAAUUCUGGGGAUCCAAUGGCAAAGACCAUCCGAUCUGGAUUGUGCCCAAAGGAAUGGCCCAGUUUAUGAAAGACCACGAUGUGACUAACGUUGUUGAGCUUUCGUGGUGGGAAUCAGCUCAAAUUACCAAAGGAGACGAGGCAUACCAGAUCUCUUGCACACCAGCGAUGCAUUGGUCUGGAAGAUCUCUUGUGGAUACCAACCGCUCAUUGUGGUGCUCGUUCUUAUUUUCGCACCGGAAUAAGCCAAUAAUGUUUCAUGCAGGCGAUACCGGGUACGUCUGGGAUCUGUUCAAAAGAAUCAGCAACCGAUAUGGGAAAGGUGUAAAACUAGCGCUUCUACCAUGCGGUCAGUACUGUCCUUCGUGGCACCAGAAACCACGACAUAUCAAUCCGGAAGAGGUUUUGAAAAUUAGAGACGAUCUUAAGGCUCAAAAUGUGCUUGGGGUCCAUUGGGGUACUUUCGUCUUAAGUGGAGAAUACUUUCGCGAGCCGAAAGAGAAGCUGGAAAUGUUAGCAGAGUGGGAAGGCGUGAAAGAUAAAUGCUAUUGUCCAGAGCUGGGCCGGACCUUAACUUUUGAAUAA